GGCGGGGUGGGCAAGUCGACGGUAGCAGUGAACCUAGCCUACGCGCUGCACGGCAUGGGCGCUAAAGUGGGCAUCUUUGACGCGGACAUCUACGGGCCCUCCCUGCCCACCAUGGUCUCUCCCGAGCUCCGUGUUCUGCGCAUGGAUGCGGAGACGAGGGAGAUCAUGCCCACGGACUACCUGGGCGUCAAGCUCGUCUCCUUUGGCUUCGCUGGCCAGGGCAGUGCAAUCAUGCGGGGCCCCAUGGUAUCAGGGGUGAUAAAUCAGCUGCUCACCACCACGGACUGGGGGGAGCUUGACUACCUCGUCAUUGACAUGCCGCCUGGCACUGGAGACAUCCAGCUCACGCUCUGCCAGGUGGUGCCAUUGACAGCAGCAGUGAUCGUGACGACGCCACAGAAGCUGGCGUUCAUUGACGUGGCCAAGGGCGUGCGCAUGUUCUCCAAGCUCAAGGUGCCGUGUGUGGCAGUGGUGGAGAACAUGGCAUAUUUCGAAGCGGAGGGGAAGCGCUACUUCCCCUUUGGCCAGGGGUCGGGCAGCGAGGUGGUGGCGCAGUUUGGCAUCCCGCACCUCUUUGAACUGCCCAUCCGCCCCGAGCUGUCAGCAGCAGGGGACAGCGGGCAGCCGGAGGUGGUGGAGGACCCAUUGGGCGAGGUGGCUCGCACGUUCACGGACGUGGGGGCGUGUGUGGUGCAGCAGUGUGCCAAGCUGUGGCAGCACGUCGCCACAGCAGUGAUGUAUGACGAAGCCCUGAGGGCCCUGCGAGUGAAGCUUCCAGGAAGCGACGAGGAGUUCUUCCUGCCCCUGGCAACAUUGCGACGCAACGACCGGUCCUCACAGAGCAUU